UGGCCUAUGGCAUUGCACACUCCGGUGAGCAUGAUUGAGCUUCCUUUCAAGCUUGCCAGUUGACUAUAAAUUCGUGAAUGCUUCCCACCCAUCCGCACCCAUCAGCAACCAGCACUUGUCCCUCGUUACUUCGUCGUCUUUCUUUUAACCGAAAUUCAUCUUUUGAAUUACAUAAUUACAUCUAAUCAAUCCUAGAAUGGCUUCCAAUCUCUUAAUAACCUUAGUGCUUUGCAUUUGUUGUUUGCCUGCUGCGAUCAUCAGUACCCAAGCCGCCGUUGAUGCGAUUUUAGGCCAGGCCCGGGCACGUGGAGGCCCGAUUUUGGUGGUCUCCGAUUAUAAUGGAGUCCUGGUCGAAAAGGUUAAGGGCCGAGAAACGUCUCCACGAUACAUGGAAUAUGUCCGGAGCAAUGUCUUAUCACCUCUUACACGAACCCAACAUACGGUUUAUGUUGCAUCUUCAAAGCCAGCAUCUCAACUUCAAACCCUCUUGGGAGAUGUUCCGCGCUUGGGAUUAUCCGCUGAGCAUGAUAUGAUGAAUAAAGCUCCAGAUUCACAUCAAUUUUCCCCCACGAUAAUUGGCUCAAGGACAUGGCAAGAAAGAUUUUCAAGAAUGAGAAUACCCAAUGACUGGAAAGUAAAGGGCGAGCAUCAGUUUUCGAAAAUCAUCCAAUUUCCCGAGGGCUAUGAUCGUAACCGAGCUCGGGGCUUUCUCGCAGCAGAGCUCAAUAGGGUGGGCGCUAGAGAAUUCGAAGCGGUUCUUGACCAAGACAAGAACCAAGUCAUGCUCGCCCACAAGGGACGAGGAAAGGGCAAAGUGGUUGAAGGACAGCUCCAGACGGGUCGCUUUAGGUAUGGAAUCUCUUUUGGCGAUAAAGCAGCCGACGUGGGCAUGCAUCAAGCCAUGCAACAAAGGGGCUUCGCUGGAGUCAUUGUUGGUCCCAGAUUGGGGCACCAGGCAGCCAGCAUGGGACUUUUUCAUCUUGAAGGUCCCGACGAGGUACAUGCCGUGCUGCAGGGAUUGGCUCAGAUCCGAUAGAAAUCGAGGUUCAGAGAUUUUGUAUCUAAGUCAAUCAAAUAUGAUCGACUACCAUUCCAAAUCAUUCUGUUGAAAUUUCCCUUGUUUUUCUCUCUCUGCCCUUAUCCUCUUUCUAGUCAUCAAAAAUCAGACCAGUCUAUAUUUCUCAAGUAGCAUGUUUUUGGUUAUCUUUAAGCCCCUUCUGAGUCAAAUUUGAGCCCUAAGUAGUCAGCCAUUCUUAACCACUCAUGUCUCUACGAUAAAUUCUUCUCUUUCCCGAUUCUUGACUGAUUUAUUUAAAACUGAUUACUUAGAAUUAACGACUCCAACAAGUUGUGAAUUAUGAGAUGCAUUCUUUUGAUGAACUCAUCCGGCUUGUCUAAAAGAGACUGAGAAGCCGGCUUGACGGGUUGGUUUCUUCCAAAAACCCAUGUCUCUAAUUUCC